AUGCAUCUCAUCAAGCCACAGUGGUUGACACAUCCCGGUGAACAGAAGGACUUUGAAGUAUACAGCUGCCACGUCUCCCCCGAUGGGUCGCGCCUGGCUACUGCUGCCGGAGAUGGAUACGUACGCGUGUGGUCUACCGAAGCCAUCCUCAAAUCCAACGAUCCCACAUAUACCAAGCCCAAGCAGCUCGCGGCCGUAAGCCAUCAUUCAGGCACCAUCCAUGCCGUUCGCUUCUCAUCCAACGGCAAAUACUUGGCAUCCGGCGCAGACGACAAGAUAGUAUGUGUCUAUGCGCUUGAUAAGAAUGCGCCCACACACGCGGCAUUCGGAUCAAACGAACCCCCGCCCGUUGAGAACUGGCGCGUCAUCCGCCGCCUCAUAGGACACGAUAACGACGUGCAGGAUCUGGGCUGGUCAUUCGAUUCCUCGAUAUUAGUCUCCGUGGGGCUGGACUCCAAGGUGGUUGUCUGGUCAGGCCAUUCGUUCGAGAAGCUCAAGACGCUAUCCAACCAUCAAAGUCACGUCAAGGGCAUAACAUUCGACCCGGCUAAUAAGUACUUUGCGACUGCAAGCGACGACCGAACUAUCAAAAUCUACCGAUUCAACUCCCCGCCGCCCAAUGCAUCUCAGCAGGACCAGGUCAACAACUUUGUCUUGGACCAUACAAUUACCGCCCCCUUUCAAACCUCCCCUCUUACCACAUACUUUCGCCGAUGCUCGUGGUCGCCAGACGGUGCACAUAUUGCCGCCGCGAACGCUACAAACGGACCGGUCAGCUCAGUCGCCAUUCUUUCGCGUGGAUCGUGGGAUGGAGAUAUUAGUCUUGUUGGCCAUGAAGGGCCUGUCGAGGUCACUUCGUUCUCCCCACGAUUGUUCUACAGGGAUCCGCCACGCCCAGAAAAAGAUGGAACCAUCACACAACCGACCGUGACCAUUGUCGCAUGCGCCGGGCAGGAUAAAUGCCUGAGUGUUUGGAAUACGAGCUUUCCCAGGCCAUUCAUGAUUUCGCAGGAGCUGGCAGGAAAGUCGAUAUCUGACUUGGCAUGGUCACCCGACGGAGAGACACUGUACGCGACUAGCUUAGACGGCAGCAUCAUGACACUCGUAUUUGAGACGGGCGAGCUUGGAUAUCCUGCCACGCUUGCAGAGAAUGAGAAGACGCUUGCCAAGUUUGGUGCUGGUAGAAGAGUCGGUAUCAUUGAGGGUACAGAUGCGCUACUCCUAGAAGAGAGCAGCAAGAGCGGGGAAUUGAAAGGUGUUCAGGGCAGGAUGGGUGCAUUGAUGGGUGAUGGCGGUGCAGUCCAACCUCCUACAAUCACAAACGGAACGAAUGGCACUACCCCCUCGACGACGACAACGACAACCCAGACCAACGGAUCCUCCGCCGCCGCCACUACCCCAGCGCAACCGCCAGCCCCCGUUGAGCCCCCUCCGGAUCAGAGAGUAGAAAAGCUAAAGCAACGAGUGACAGUCACAAAAGAUGGAAAGAAGCGAAUAGCGCCAAUGUUGAUGUCAUCUUCGUCAGGUGUGGGGGAGUCUUCCUUGCCAAAGACACAGCUCCUCUCCGCGACAACAACAUCUGGUGGUAGGAGUGACAACCCACACAACAUCCUCGAUCUAUCAAAACCGUACGAUGGGUUCCCGAAAGGCGGCCUUGCUACUUUGCUUAUUGGUAACAAGAGAAAGUUUGCUGAGAUUGAAGGAGACGAAGAUAAGCAGGUCGAACGGAGAUUGGCUGCUUCUGUAAACCCCGGAGGUGCUGCGAUAGUACUCAAUAGCGAGAAUGGCCUCAUUCCACCUGCUGCUGCGCCGCCAAAGAACAACGAAGCGCAUGAUCCACCCAAAGUACUCAGGCCAGCUAUUGUCAACCCAUCGCUUAGUUUGGCCCAGGUGCGAUUGGCGGUGCCGAAAGUCAGGAGUGUCAUCGUGCGAACUAUGGAUGGCAGUGAGCCACUGCAGAGUGGUGUCGAUGCCAACACGGGCAAAGCAGAUAUACCAGACACUGUCAUACUGGAAGCACGCAACGCCAGCGGUCCAUCGCGGACUGGACGACCGCAAGAUCAUGAUCCAACAAGAUUGACCUGUACUAGUAAAGGACAGUCACUAUGGCAGGACUUUUUGCCAAAAGCUGUGUUGCUGGUAACUGGCAACACAAACUUUUUCGCUGCAGCAUGCGAGGAUGGUUCGGUGUACGCAUGGACACCCGCAGGCCGGCGGACACUAAACGCCAUGAUUCUCGAGGCUCAACCUGUCAUCAUGGACUGUCGAGGCUGGUGGCUAAUGUGUAUAACAGCAGUUGGCAUGUGCUACAUCUGGAACCUGAAGAGCAUGUCCUCGCCUCACCCACCUGUUUCACUGGCCCCUAUCCUCGACAUAGCAGCGUAUGCCCAAGGACCGCACCUUACUCGAUCACCCGGUAUCGUGUUUGCACGCUUGAAUUCAGCUGGUCGGAUAACGGUGGCCAUGUCUAACGGUGAAGGAUACGCAUAUAAUCCCGAUAUGUACAUCUGGCAGCGCUUGUCGGAGCCAUGGUGGGGCGUUACCAGUCAGUACUGGAAUUCUACGGACUCUUCCGUUGGCAACAUCCGCUCGUCGCAAGACAAGGCCGUGGUAAAAGAAAAGGACGACCAGGUUUCUCCAGAAAAUAUUUCAGCAGGUAUCAUACCCGCUCUCGAGCGCAACACGACGAACCAAUCCCUGCUACAAGGUCGCGCCUUCCACCUCCAGCGACUGAUCAAGAUACUGGUCUCCGCAGAAGGCUACGAGACGUUUGAGAGCAGUGCCAGUGUAGCACAUCUUGAGAACCGUGUCGCUGCCGCCCGUACCUUGGGCGCAAAGGAAGAGUAUAAGAUCUACUUUACCAUGUAUGUCAAGCGACUUGGCGCCGAAGGCCUCAAGGGCAAGAUUGAAGAGCUGCUGCGAGGUCUGAUGGGCAAUCUUAUUACCGCUGGCGACGAGGAUGGCGAUGACAACAACGAUGAAGAACAACAAGGCGCCAACGAAGCGACCAAGGAGCCCUCUGGAAUUUGCGGCUGGAAGAAAGAGGACUUGUUGAAGGAAGCUGUUUUGAUUCUUGGUAAACACCGCGAUCUACAGCGCAUUACCGUACCGUACGCGCGUCUCCUUGACAUUGUAACCGAGGGUCAGCGCCAGGACGAUCAAGCUAUGAUUACGGAUAUGUAG